AUGUCGUCCAGAAUGAUCAUUGGUGGUGUCGUCACCGUUGCGGCUGGAUACGCGCUCUACGAGUACCAGCUCCAGCAGAAACAACAGCGAACCUCGCUGCAGCCGGCGUCGCUGCAUAAGAACAGCGAAACGCACGCGUUUGAGCACCAGGGCGAGCGUACAGGCGCAAAACUCGACAACGCGGCCAACAAGGCGCGCGAGCAAGUCUCGGGCCUGGCCCGUGACGCCGACGACAAAAUGACAUCCACGAUGGCCGAGGUGGAACACGCCAAGGCCAGGGGCUCCCAAUGGGUAUGGGAGCAACUAGGCGAGGCCAAGGACAAAGUGGGGGACCGUCGCGACAAGUAUCUGGAACGCUCAGGAGAACUCAACGCCAUCGUAGAAAACUCGCAUGAGCGCGAGCGCGCAAGCCAAAACGCGGUCAAGCGGUUUGUAAAUGACACCCGCGAUCAGAUCUCCUCCGAUAUCCAGAAUAUUCGGGCUGGCGUCUCUGAGGACGCUUCCAGUAUCAUGGACGCUCUAAUCGGCGCCAAGAAGCAAAGCCACGAAACCGCCAAGUCGUGGGAAAAGUCGGCGCGCGACACUGCGUCCGAAGCCAAAGAGGCCACCGAACAAAAAUCAGAAUCCAUCUUCAACUGGGGGUUUGGCAAGGCCGAAAAGGCACGCGCCAAAGCCAUUGAGGAGUACGACCAUGCCAACAAGCAAUUCCACGAGGUGCGUGAGAAAUACAAGUCCGAAUCGGGGCUAUUCUCAAGCGGUAGCGAGGAACUGAAAAAGCAAAUGGAGGAGGCAGAAUCCGCACUCAAGGCGUACAAGCAGAAGCUCGACGAUGCCACUUCCAAAUAUUCCAAGUAUACCACUGACAACAUCAACGAACUUUCCGACAAGCUAGAAGCAGAAGACCGCAAUCUACGCAAAAAGGGAUUCUUCACAUGGCUGACCGGUAAGGACACUUCUUCUUCCAAGAACUCUGACGACAUCGACAAAAUUGCGUCCCACAGCGUUAUCGGAUGGGGUGAAACCGCAGAAGCUUUGGCAAAAGAGGAGCUUGACGAGCUAGUUAGAAACAAGGAAAUUGGUCCUAGCGAGGCACAAAAACGACUCGAUGCGCUAAAGAAAAUCAAAAACGAGGGCUGGUUUACCCACCAGGGCCAAAACGAUGCUGACCUGGCACAACGCGCUGCCAAAGCUCUAAAGGGCUGGGGCGAGACCGCGUCUCAACUCGCUCAGGACGAAUAUGAGGAGACCCGUAGACGCCUGCCCCCUGCCCCCAAAAACCUCUCGGACGCUGUUGACGUUGCCAAGGAAAAGAUGGACGCUGCUAAGAAACAGCUCGACGAGUCUACUGCGGCGUGGUGGUCGCAGGGCAAGGACAAGACUAACGAUUUGCGUGAAAAGGCACAGAAACAGUACGAAGAAGCCGAGCGCGAGUACAACUCGUCUCUAGAAACGCUUUCUGAUUGGACUGAAAAGGCCAAGGGCAAGUUUUGGUCCAAUGCUGAUUCUGCGUUGGGCGCCACCAAGUCCACGGCAGACACUUUGCAUACUAAGGCCAAACAAGGUUUGAACGCUGCUCAGGACUAUGUUCAAGACAAGAAAGAUUAG